AUCCUCGCUGUGAUGGCGGCUCGUGUGGACAUCGGCUUCUGGUUUCCAGCGUUAGCUCUGGGAGUUUCCUUCCUCAAAUGUCUCUUCAUCAACGCCUAUCAUUCCACAGACUUCGAGGUUCACAGGAACUGGUUGGCCAUCACUCACAGCCUGCCGGUGUCCAGGUGGUACCAUGAGAACACGUCAGAGUGGACUCUGGAUUACCCACCGCUGUUCGCCUGGUUCGAGUUCGGCCUGUCCCACGUGGCUCAGCACUUUGACAGGAACAUGUUGCAGGUGGAGAAUCUAAACUACGCCAGCCCGUCCACGGUGCUUUUCCAGAGGCUGUCGGUCAUUUUCACCGAUGUGGUUUUUAUCUACGCUGCCAAAGAGUGCUGCAGGUGCGUUCAGGAGCAGAAGGGCUCUCGGGACGUUUUGAACCGGCCGUCCUUCGUCCUGGCCGUGCUGCUGCUGUGGAACUUCGGCCUCCUCAUUGUCGACCAUAUUCACUUCCAGUACAACGGCUUCCUGUUUGGUGUCCUGCUGCUGUCGGUGGCGAAACACCUGCAGUCACAGCACCUGCAGGGGGCGCUGCUGUUCGCCAUCCUGCUCAACCUGAAGCACAUCUACCUGUACGUGGCUCCGGCCUACGGCAUCUACCUGCUGAGGAGCUACUGCUUCACUCAGGACAACAAAGACGGUUCUAUCAGGUGGAUGAGUUUCAGCCCGUUGCGCCUCCUGGCUCUGGGCAGCAUCGUGGUGUCGGUCUGCGCUCUGUCUUUCGGUCCAUUCAUCGCCAUGGGGCAGCUCCCUCAGGUCCUGUCCCGUCUAUUCCCCUUUAAACGAGGCCUCUGCCACGCCUACUGGGCACCCAACAUCUGGGCCCUCUACAACGUCCUGGACAAAGGCCUGGCGGUGCUCGGUGUUCGUCUGAAGCUGCUGGAGGAGGCGGAGCUUCCUCGAGCCUCCAUGACGGGCGGGUUGGUCCAAGAGUUUCAGCACUCGGUCCUCCUGUCUGUCUCUCCCUCCGCCACACUCGUCUGCACUUUGCUGUCCAUCCUGCCGGCGGUGGCGUCCAUCUGGCUUCGUCCUUGCGGUGCUCGUGGUUUCCUGCGCUGCCUGCUGCUCUGUGCUCUGGGCUCCUUCAUGUUCGGCUGGCACGUCCACGAGAAGGCCGUCCUCAUCGCCAUCCUGCCCCUCAGCAUCCUGGCGGUGGAGAGCAGAGAGGACGCCAGGAUCUUCCUGGUUCUGACCACCACGGGACAUUACUCGCUGUUCCCGCUGCUCUUCACCCCCACAGAGCGUCCUGUCAAAGUUUCUCUGAUGCUGAUGUUCACCAUCUUCUCCUUCACAGCUCUCAGGAAGCUCCACAGCGGUCAGGGCCCUCUGCUCCGUCCUCUGGAGGUCGUCUACCUGCUCGGCCUGGUCGUCGUGGCGAUCGCCUGCGAGGUGGUCUUCCCCCUGUCGCCGUGGCAACAGAGGCUGCCCUUCCUCCCCCUGCUGGCGACGUCGGUGUACUGCUCGGUGGGCGUCUGCUACUCCUUCCUGCGUCUGUACGUCAGGCUGCUGCAGCGGGACGACAAACCCAAGCAGCUGUGAGAUCCAGGCUUUUCCUUCAGGCCUCGCUGCAUCAGGGUCUCCCUCCCCGCCCUCCAGGGGCUCAUCAUGGCUGCUGUCCAAUCAUGUGAUCCUCACCGGGCCGAACUCGUCGCCUCCUGUGGGCCAAACAUCGCUGAUGAAAUAUCAGAACAUUCACCUGAAGGCAGCAGUGGUUUUCAUUGUGUCUGUCUGUGGUCAUUUUCUGUCCCUUAGUGGUUGUUUUACCUGACUCUUUUUGGUCAUUUUGUGUCACCUUGUGGUGAUUUUGUGUCUCUUUGUGGUAGAUUUGUGUUUCUGUGGUGGUUUUGCAUCGCUUUAUGAUUGUUUUGUGUAUUGUUGUUGCUGUUCUCUGCCUCUUUAUGGUGGUUUUGUGUCUCUUUGUGGUGGUUUUGGGUCUCUUUAAAGGUCAUUUUGUGUCUCUUCGUGGUCUUUUUGUCUCUUUAUGGUGGUUUUGUGUCUGUUUAACCGUGGAUUUGUAUCUCUUUGUGGUGUUUUUGUGUUUCAUCGUGGUUUUGUGUCUCUUUGUGGUGGUUUUUUGUGUCUUUAAGGUGGUUUUGUGUCUAUUUUAAGUUGAAUUUGUCUCUCUUUGUGGUCAUUUUGUGUGUCUUUCUGAUUGUUUUGCAUGACUGUUGAUCCUUUUGCAUCACUUUGUGGUUGUUUUGUGUCUCUGGUGUUUUUUGUGUCUCUUUGUGGUGUUUUUGUGUCUCUGUGUUAAUUUUGUGUCUCUUUGUGGUUGUUUUGCAUGACGGUUGAUCGUUUUGUGUCACUUUGUGGUGAUUGUGUGUUUCUUUGUGGUUGUUUUGUGUCUCUUUGUGAAGUUUUUUCUACUGGAUAUCAUUAUGAUGGAGAGUUUGUUCUUGUUGCACCGAUGAAAUCAAAGUGAAGAGGAAACAGAA